AUAAAAGUCAGGCGCACCCUAACAAUGUCGUUCGUCCGAAGUCCAUCUCCCAAGCGAGGUGCGGCCAGCCGUCCACCGUUCCAACCCCAAAACUACAACCCCGAAAAUCAAAAUCCCAAAUGCAUCUCCACGACCCCGCAGACCACAGACCAGUCCACAGCAAAUCAGCAAGGACGCAGCCAUCAGGGCGCUGAUCGGCAGUCGACUCCGCCGCUCUGCGACUCGGCCGCCCCAGGCCCCAUCCGUUCCAUUUCCUUCAUCAUCCAGAUGUGGUCGGAAAGGUAUUGAGCAAGUGUACACCUCAAAACCAUGUGAUCAAUGGUAAACCCGAGAGGUUAAUGGAGCUCACUCUUGAGGAUGUAGAGUAUGUAUUUUAAAAAUAUUCAUACCAUGGACCAUGAAGUGUAGCAAACCGUCUGGGUUGCACCCUAUGGAACAACUACAUAGACCACUUUCUAGACUAUUACGAAGAUCACAAAGAGGAGCCAAUUUUUGUGAUUGUGCAGGCCCAAACGAUAUAAAGGGAUCAUUUCAGUCACGACCUCAUACGAUGCUAGCAAGUUGAUUAUCAAUGGAAACACAACUGAACUGGUGGACUUCAUGGCCUAGUUUGCAGCAGAAGAGAGGGACGACGGUACUCUGACUACCUUGGUUGUGAAUUCACAACUUGAAAGUCAUGAAGACAUUCUUAGAGGCAAUGUGACCAUAACAACUAUUGCAGAUUUGCUUAAAAAACAGAGGAAGGAGUAUACUGGAAAUUGGGAGAUGUUGUGUCGAUCGAAAACUUUAAAGAAUGGUGUUAUUUGAGUUGCAACUCUUGCAACAAAAAAGUGAAACCAGAAGAAGAUAGAUUCAGGUGUUUGUCAUGCAACUUGACACUUCCAGAGGGUAUCCUUAGGUACAAAGUUACUGUUUGUGUGAUGGACGAUUCUGGUCAUUCUUCAUUCACACUUUUGGAUAGGGAAUGUUUAGACAUUAUUGGGAAGACUGCGGCAAGCCUAAGGAAAGAAGUGGAGAAGAGAACGGGAGAUGCUACCCAUUUUCCAGAGGACAUUGAAGUGAUUAUAGAUAAAAGAGGAUUGUUCAAAGUGCGGUUGAAGACCAAGGCUGAGGGUAGUUCAUACAAAGGACCUAUGUCCUAUGGAGUGAUUUCAAUGAUAACAGAUCAGAAAGUUUUGAAAGUUUAUGAAAGUCAGAAGAACGGGAAUGGUCUUGAAGAACUUUCUGAUAUGGAGAAGGUAAAUUAGUAGGCUAACUCAAAAAUAGUGUAAUCAUAAAUCUGAUUUGUAAUUAUAAAAUAUUAAUUAAAUACUACCUCCGUUCUUAAAUAAAUGCAACACUUUGACUUUUACACUAUUCACAUGUUCUACUUUGACUACGUUUUAUUUAUUAAUGUAAUAAUAUUAUUUUAUGAAAAAAAUAUUGUUAAACUUGUCUCAUUGUAAAUUUUUAUAAUCUAAUUUUUUUAAUUUUUUUACUAAUACAAAAUCAUUUAUAUUAAUGGUCAAAGUUGUGUCUCGGCAAGUGUGAAAUGUUGACCGUUGCAUUUAUUUAAGAACGGAGGAAGUAUUAAUUAAUUAAAAUAUUCCAAAGUGACUCCACAGCAGACAACUUGAAUGGUAGCACAGGACAAACAAAAACUGCUGACGUUGUUGACCUAGAAAAGGUAUAUCCAAGCAGAUUUUUUUGUCCUACGUAUUUUAUCAUAUCUAUUUAUUUAAUCAAACUCUUUGGAUACAAGAAGAGGAGGAUGGUGCGACUCCGACACAAAGUAAACGUAAAAGUAAGGGAUGUGAAGAAGAUGAGAAUCUGAAAAGGAGUUUGAUGGGGCAGUUUUCUACUAAUGUCAAGAAGUUGAAGACCAAAAUUAAAAAGGAACCAGAAUAGAGGGCCACAAUGGCACCAAGGAUGGACGGCCCUAUAUUUUGCUAUAACUACCUUAUGUUUUGCUAUAACUAAUCAAGGCAGUGAAAAACAUUCUGCUCGAAUUAGUUUUUUUGAAAACUUAAACUUAAUGGUGUGAGCUCCAUAAACCUUAUUUUGUAUUGAUUGGUAUGUGUGAUCCAUCCUAUUUGAAAUGCAAUAUCUAUACGUGUGGUGUAUCCUAUUUGGUUUUGCAGUUAUUCUGUUUCUUUAGUGCUUUGGAUACCAGCACAAGUGCAUGCAGAUUCCAUGUUAUCUACAAGGCCAUAAGUGAAUUUAACUGAAGUGCUUACAAGGACCAGCUAAGGGCUUACAAAUGACUGAAAUGCUGCCACUACAGACAUUGGUCAAAUUAUGUGUAAUUUGCAAGGAUCAGUAAAGAGAUAUUUUAAAUUCCUCGAUGUAUUGUAUUAACAGUUCAUAAAAUGAAUAUAUUUGGAUUCUACGGAGUAAUAUUUUAGCAAGGGCAUUGUAGAAACAACAAAUGAAACGGUUGAAUGAGAGGGAUGUUGGAAUCAUACCUGAGGCAUUCUGGCUUUAA